UCCUGUGGCUUCAGUUUCUAUUUUGUACAUUUAUGUUUCCAACAAAACGCGUCCUCUUUUGCUUCUGAUGGCAAAAUGACAUUUCCGACAGCAUAUUGCUAAUUCCAGGACACAAAUUUCAUGGAUUGUAUUUUUUGUUUCACAAGAGGGAUCAACAAUUAAUUCAACCAUAGGAUUCUUCAUCAACAUAAUGCAGUAUUCAUGGGUCUACUUCUAAAGGAUACGUCUGGAGUGCAGAUUUACUGUAAAAUUCCUAUUGGCCUAUUGUGUCCGGGAAUGGGCAAGCGGAAUUUUUUUCCCCUGAAAUGAUUGUACCAAUUUUCCCAUCUGUAAAAUCCUUUCCAUUCGUUUUCCCAUAAUAAGCGAGCUUAACCAGUAAGCUUUGCAAUAGCAUUUAUCCUACUGUAACAAUAAACCAAGCAAGUUGUCGACUAUUGGGCAAUGGGAAAGUGGAAUGUGCUUUUUAUCUUAUUUUUCUCGUUUGUACUCAUUCGAGCCGAGACUAAUUCUGUUGUAUUUCUUUAUUUACAGUAAUAAAUUAAAUCAAAUCAAUUGUCGUUAAAACUCCUCUUUUGUGAAAUGGCUAUAAAAAGGAAAUGAUUGUUUAUCAUCUGCCUCCACCUCGAGAAAUGAAAGCAUGUUCCCAGUAGCGCAACAAGGUUCAGUUGCAUGAUCACUGCAGCAACGUUUUUGACAAAUUGAAAUACUUCGUUUAUUCGCAUAUUCAGGACAGGUUUUACAUUCGUUCACACGUGAUUUGUUAUUUUGUAAAGAGGUGACAUCACAUGACAUAUGGAGUCUGGCCGAUUGUCUAUCUGUUUUGUCGCCUGACCACGACGUUUGGCUUUGCUGUGUCAUCCCACACGGUGGCGGCAGUUUUUUCUACAUCCUAUAGGCAGAUGUAGGUACGGCUUGACAGACCCUAAGCUCUCCUGUGUACCCUCCAUGAGGUGGAAGUGUCCAAGCCAGCGAAUUCAUUGCAGAUGGAGCAAGAAGAACAUACUUGCAAUGUGGACUCUGGACGGAACGGAGGAGUUUGUCUUCUUGACAAUGUCUUAGUAGGAGAUUCGAAGUAUGCGUCUGAGACACCUCAUAUGGAAACUGUUAAGCUCAUUUCCCUUCUCAACGUCAGUGUUCAGGACUCCGUGCAACAGAAGUGGUGCUGACUUCAAAAUGGAACCAUCGAGAAAGACGAGUUACGAGCUCUAUUGAAGACGGGAGUGGAGGACAGCUCAUUGCAACUCAGUGAUCGGAAAGUAGAUCACCUGACCGAAACGCUGUUUAACACUGCAGACCAAAACAGCGAUGGCUCCAUCUCAUUCGAUGAGUUCAUGACAGCACUUAAGCGGUACCCAGAUCUGCUGGAAAAUUUCUCAAUCGGUGCAGCAGCUUGGCUUAAAGACACUAGACCCAAGAGACGAGGUUGCAGAGGUAUACCCUGGUUACGGGUCAACUACUUGCGGAAUAAUAUCCAACGAAUCGCACUACUUCUGACCAUAAUCCUCGUGACUGGUGUGGUCUUUGCAGAGGCCGCCUACCGCCAUUCAUUUAACCCUGAUGCUAACUGGUGUUUCCUGAUUGCUCGUGGUUGUGGUCAGGCUUUGAACUUCAACUGCGCCAUUAUCGUCCUCAUGAUGCUUCGUAAAACUUUGAGUUUUCUGAGGUCGUCGACCUUGCUGAUGCAAAUCCUACCCUUUGACGACAACAUUAUGUUUCACAAAUUCAUCGGGUACCUGGCUGCAAUCCUAGCACUCGCACACACCUUGGGUCAUGUCGGCAAUGCAUUGAUCUUACAGACAUACAAGAGUUUCACAGCAGUCGAACUGUUAUUCACCGACCCCACCCUCCUUCCAGUCGGGCUCCGGGUGGGCAAGCUUGUUGGAAGUGCCUUUAUCACGGGCUGGAUCCUAGACAUUGUCUUAUUGGUUCUUAUCUUGGGAUCACUGAGCUACGUAAGACGUUCUGGACAUUUUGAGAUUUUCUACUGGACUCACAAGAUCUGCUACUUUCUCUUCUGGUUCCUGCUAAUCUUACACGGUCCAGUGUUCUGGGCGUGGUUUGUUGGUCCACUCAUCCUCUUUCUUCUUGAGAAGUUCAGUAACCUUCAAAUCAUCCGGCGCCUUCGUCAUGGGAAGACGUAUAUCAAGGAGGUAGACCUGCUGCCCUCUGGAGUAACACAUUUGGUCAUGACCAAGCCGCGUAACUUCAAGUACAAAGCUGGGGACUACGUUUUUAUCAAGAUUCCUGAAAUAGCGAGGAACGAGUGGCACCCGUUUACGAUUAGCAGUGCUCCGGAACAGGCAGGCAUUCUGUCUCUUCAUAUUCGGUCUGUUGGUAAUUGGACCAUGCGCCUCUACCGUUUCUUCGAUGGCAUGCAGUCCAUCACGAUUAAAAAGUCUCUGGGAGUAAAGUGUCCGAAAAGCCCGUCUGAUGCCGAUCAGCGAGUCAACGCUGGGUUCGAAAUAUCACAAGACGACUGCAAUAAUUUCAACGGUACACCACAGUCAGAUGAUCCUUACAGGCCCACUGUUGAUGACACGGCUGUCAGGAUCGCUACCGACGACUCCCCCACGAGUCUCGACGAAGUAGAAUCACCGCCUGUCAUGAAAGUCUGCCGAGUUAGUUUCAACGCCGAGGUUGAUCCUCAAACCGUUGUACAAUGGAAGAAGACCUCGCUCCCUAGCAGGAUUCCAGAGGUUGAUGAGGAGUUAGUGGAACUAAGCGAGAUCAAAGUAGACCAAGGACAUGAGAACCAGUCGGCAGAUGUUGGAAAAGUAGCUGAAGAAAUAGGAGAAGAGAGUGAGGAUACCUCGACCGUUCCUGAAAUUGAAAGGUCAACUGAAGGAGCAUCAAAGAACGGGAGACAUGCCUUCUGUAAGGGAAAUGAAUCAGUGAAACAAACUAGUCCGAGGAUGAUGACUUCAACUGGGCCCACUGCAUACCUCAGUCGACAAGUCUCCAAGGAAAGCCUCAGACCACAGGUCCUAUUUGAUAUAAAGACGAACAAGAUACAAGUCCACAUUCAAGGCCCCUACGGGACACCAAGCACCAGCGUCUUUGAGUCUGAGCACGCUGUAUUGAUCGGGGCUGGUAUCGGUGUCACUCCGUUUGCUUCCAUCAUGCAGUCUAUCAUGUGCAGACAUCGGAGUAUUGUUACGACUUGUCCUAACUGUCAACAUACCUGGGUGGAAGAGGAGCGAGAGAAACGGGCUCUUAGGGUCAAGAAGGUGGAUUUCAUUUGGUUGAAUCGAAACCACACGGCCUUCGAGUGGUUCGUAGACAUGCUGUUGAAUCUGGAGCAAGGGCAGAGUCAAUACUCCUUGGAUCGCUUCUUGGAUAUCCACUUGUUCAUGACAGGCAUUAAACGCUUCGACAUGAAGAAUGUUGGCCUCCAGAUGGCACUAGACUUAGUCCAUAAGCAGGAAAACAGGGACAUGUUGACUGGACUACGAACCAAGCUACAGGCUGGAAGACCAGAUUGGAAUAAGCUCUUCAAGGAGAUACAGGAGGAGGAUAAAGGAAAGGUGUCGGUGUUCUUCUGCGGUUCACCAGCUUUGGGAACCGUCAUCAGUAAACACUGCCAAAAGUUUGGGUUCAUGUUUCACAAGGAGAACUUCUAGAGGAAAUAUUGGGUUUAGUUUCCAAGAUAAGGGUUAUCCAGUUUCAGAACAAAGGGCAAUGUGCUAAUGGGCAAAGGCGUUGGCCAAUGGGGACUUGGAUACAUUUCACACAGCAUUUUUACCAGAAUGUUGUUUUCUAGUGGUGUGAAUUUCUGAUGGAAAUAUGGGAGUUGGGGAUUUGUGAGGGGAUGACUUGCCUGGCCAUGGAAAUUUGAAAAAGCGGGUCGGGGGGUAGGGGACCAUAUGACACUACAAGGGGUGAUGUUCAUGAUACAGAUGUACAUCUUGAAUAUGUAUUACAUUCAUGCAGACUCUUUCAUGAGAAUGAUAUAUUCAUGCUUCUUUUUUACAUUUGUUUUCUGUCUUUGAGUGAUUCAAUAGCCGACCCCAACCUCCCAUCCCCCGGGAUUCACACCCAUGUUGGAGGCUUGGCCAAAAAGUAAUACAAGUUGAUAAUAUGUCUAUCUAAUGCUGUGGUGAUGUAUUUUCAAUCGUUGUUAAUACAAUAGUGGAUACUGUACAAAGUUUUUGAGUGAUAUACUUCAUUGAGCGCGAAGAUACUGGUCUGACAAUUUUUCAAUUAAUCGCUUGUUUUCACAGGAUUCCAGAUGUUUUUGUGAUGGCUCAUAGUUCAUGGACUCCAGAACCAAUUUUUUUCCCAGAAAAAAAGACUAGACACAAGAAUGCCAUGACUUAGUCAAUUUGACCGAAAUGAACCUCGCUGGUUCCCAACGACUAUGAAAUGCACGCGUUACAGUAGCAUCUUUCCCAACAAAAUGAACACUUCCGAAAAUAUGGCUCUUUUCAACCGAUGAAGGGGUGCUUCUGCUAAAGGCGAAUUCCCUGACGAAUCACGUUUCCUGGUAAAUUGUGACCAAAAAGUUUGAGUUUAUCGUCGUCGUGGUGAAUGAUUCUUUGACUGUAAUUUCGUAGAUCACGACAGAUGGGGAGGUCAGCAUCCUGGUCUGCGCAGGUAUCACAGCAAUUGACCUUACUGAUCUGCUAGCCAUAAAUGGUAACAUCAAUGCCCAGAAGUACAAUGAUGAAAUUUUGGAGCCAGUAGCGAGGCUGUUUCUGAAUGGACACCCAGAGAUACCUCUGUUUCAACAUGAAAUUGCGCAGCCUCAUGUCGCCAGAUUGAUUACCCAGUAUCUUGAGCGCAGUCACAGUUUAACUCCUACCAUGGCCUUUCUUUUGUCUAGACCAUAGCCCUAUCGACCAUGUGUGGGUUGAGCUCGAUCAUCCAAUCCUGUCACGUCCAGUGGUGCAUAAAACAGCCCAAAACUUUGCUGCCAAAGUGGUGCCCUCUGGCACAGGUUUCCAUCAGCUGAUUGAUUCAUCCUAUGCAUCGAAUCAGCAAAGUGUGUAUCCCAUGCCCAGAGCGACGGUAGGGCACAUAGCGUGUUACGGUCGGUUCAUACUUCAUGCGAAAGUGAAGCAAAUUUGACGUCAUGAAAUGCCUCGAAAGCUAGCUCAAGUUGAAAUAUGUUCAACUUUUGCAAAUUUGCGACGAGAAUAUUUGAUCUGAUAUCAGAAAUACAUUACGUUAAUCGACCGUCAAUCAAUUCUAACUCGAUUUCCACGAUAACUGUAUGUUAUUCAUUAACGACAUCGGUAAUGUGUUAGACUUAAAAUAAUGCUGUUAGAUAACGCAAGCGCAAUAAAUCAUUUUGAGGACAUUUAAUCGGAGUUUAUUGAUUGAGAAAUGUAUUGCUUUAAUGAUAGGUUAAUUUGUUGAUAAAUCAUCUAAAAGGAGGAAUAAUCUCUGAAUAUCCUACUUGAAAGACAACAGAUAACAGUCUCGGUUAAUGUGGGAGACUUCCUCAGUUCAUAGGACAGGCAGCCUGUCUAUUUCUAAACCCAAUUUUAUUUUCUAAUUCAGGUAGCCAGUCUAUGUGUCAUUUCGUUUUGCCUGCAAAAGGUAUACUUUUGCAAUUCAUCACUACGUAGAGAAAUGUAAACAUUGAAUUUUUGCACAACAGAUAUAGGUCACCAAUGCUAUUCUUUUAAGGCAGUACCUUGUAGAAAAAUUAUUAAAUUAUUAAAUAUUGCUUAAGGGAAUAACUUUGCAUUUAAAUUGAGAUCUUUCUAAGUUUACUUCAGCUGUGUUUAUAAUUUGGGCAUAUUAAACGGCGUAGGAAUAGUGAGCGGCUCACAGAUUGACCGAGACAAGCAGAUUUUGGUGCAAGUCUGCUGUUUUUCAAUGAGUGCGCCAUGAGCUCUCUUCAUGGCAAUAUGCUGAGCUAAAAAGGGGUUAUUUCCUCCAGCGCCUGUGGUAAGUUAAUUCUUUAUGUGGUUUCUUGUGACAGUGAGGUUUACUAGAAGAUGCAUUUAAUAACUUUCUGUUGGUUUGGGAUGCAUAAAUUUUAGCCACAUUUUGCUCUGUUACCUGCAAACUGAAUACAUGUACAUAUAGGACUACGACAAGUUAGUGUUAAAUUGAGCUGUGACGGCUUUUAUUUGUUGAGUCCUUACUACCUAUUUGCGUACGUCAAUUCUCACUAUCUUGUGUUUGUAUUUAUAUAUUAUUUACAGAAAACCUAGUAACAUACCCAGGAAUAUUUUGGGGGGCCAAAACAUCAGAAAUAAAGACGAAAUGGUCAGGUGCAGGCUGUGGCGUAA